AUGUCGGGAGGAGCUCAGCCUCGCUCCUCGGACUCGUGCCGUCGUGCCAUCCUACACCUCGACGCGGAUUGCUUCUACGCGCAGGUUGAGGCCCGGCGGCUCAAGCUUCCGGAGGGUGCGCCCUGUGCGGUGCAGCAGUGGGGCGGCCUCCUCGCCGUGUCCUACUCUGCGCGCCCGUUCGGUGUCAAGCGUGGGAUGAAGGUGGCCGAGGCGCUGGCCCUGUGCCCCGGCCUGCACAUUCCGCACGUCGCAACCAUCGGCGGCGGCGAGAGCGGAGACGCCGCCUCGCCUGACCGAGCAACGACCAAGGUGUCGCUCGAUCGCUACCGGGAAGAGUCGCGAAAGAUCGUGGAUGCUCUCGAGCAGCAGCUCGAAGCGGACGCCAGCGCCGCCGGCUGUGCCGCCGCGACCCUGGAGCGCGCCUCGAUUGACGAGGUGUACGUGGAUGUGACGGCUCUGGCAGCAGAGGAGCUGGAGAGCAGGCCGCCAGAUUCGACGGGGGCGGCAGGCGACGCGGCGGAGGGCGAGUGGCGCUGUGACGCGGUCGAUCCAUGGGACCAGCUCCUCGUCGGCGCCGCCGCUGUGUGUUCACGGCUGCGAGAUGCGGUGUGGCAGCGGGCGGGCUACCGCCUCUCCGCGGGCAUCGCGCACACCAAGCUGGUGGCCAAGCUCGCGUCGGCACGCCGGAAGCCCAACCAGCAGACGGUUGUGCCGCGCGCGGCGGUGCACCUCCUGCUCGGAGAGGCGCCGCUGCGCAGCGCCCGUGGCCUCGGUGGCAAGCUCGGCGAGGAGGUCGCCGCCGCACUGCCUUGCGUGGGCAGUAUCGCGGGGCUCGCGGCCGUGGGAGAGGAAGAGCUGUGCCGCCUCUUUGGGCGGGAGAGCGGCAGGUGGCUGUACGAGGUUGGCGCGGGCGAGCUGGACGAGGCGGUGCGCGCCUGCUCGGCGCCAAAGAGCCUGAACGCGCUCAAGUCCUUCCGGCCGACGAGCGAGCACGCCGAGGUGGGCCGGUGGCUCCGCCUCCUCGCGGAGGAGCUGCUCGAGCGCGUGGCGGAGGACUCGGCGCGGCACCGCCGGACGCCGCGCACGCUGAAGCUGCACUGGCGCGGCUCACUCGACGCGGGCCACCUCCGAAACUGGACCGCAGGCCGCGUCGGCGAGCUGACGCGCGUCGCGUCUCGCCAGUGCCCCUUCCCGCCGCAGGGCCGCAGGGGCCCGGAGCAGGUGGUGGACGCCGCUCUCCGCCUGCUGCUGCCACAGGGGUGCCAGACCGCGCCCCUCCCCACCCUCACGCGGCUCGGCCUCUCGUGCGGUGACUUCGCGCCCAUCGCCGCGCGCUCCAUCGCCAGCAUGCUGCAGGAAGGCGGCCGCGAGCCGGGGGUUCCUCAGUUGUGA